UCCUCCGACUUCUUCCAUCGAUCGAGUCCGAAAUUCAGAGGCUUGUUUUUGUUGGAAUUAAUGGCGGCUGCUACCAUCGAAGAUCUCCACCCGGACAUGCUCGCCGGCGCUCUCCGUCUUCUCGACGGGCCUGACCUCGCCUCCCUUAGCUGCGCCACCUCUCGCUUUCGGUCCCUUGUGGGAGAACCUGACCUCUGGCGCGACCUCUGCCUCUCCUCUUGGCCCUCCCUCCGGCACCCGCGCCUCCUCCGGCUUCUGGAAUCCUCGCACCGCUCCUUCUUCGCCGACGUGUUCGCUUCCCCUGUUUGUACGCUCCCUAGCUUCCCCUGCGACGACAGCGAUGAGGAAGCCAGCCUUCCGUCGGAGCUCAUCUCCGCUGUUGAACUCCGCCAUCGCAACUCUGUUAUUUUAUCCCUGGUCGCGGAGACCGACACGUCGACGUCGUGGUUCAGGGCCGCGCCGUUUCGCCUCGACGCCGAGGUGGAGAGGAAGGACGACGGGGGUUCCUUCUUUUUCUCGCCGGAGGAGCUGACGCUGAGCUGGAUCGUCAUCGACCCGCAGAGUAGACGGGCGGUUAGCGCGACGAGCCGGCGGCCGGUGGCGGUCAACCGGCACUGGAUCACCGGCGAGACGGUGGUGCGGUUCGCGUUGGUGCUUAGCGAUGAGUGCGCCGUCGGGGCGGUGGUUAAAUGCGGAGAGGAGUCAGGGGAAGUGCGGGAGAUAAACCUGGUGGCGGAAGGCGUGGAAGGAGCGUGCUUGAGCGGGAGGGAGGGCCUAGCGGUGCUCCGGUCGGCGAUGGAGGGCGGUAGGCAGAGACGGAAAGAGGAAGAGGAGGACGCGAGGAGGAGGUGGGAGGAAUUCGAAGGGCGCAGACAGAAGAGGAAGGAGACGGCGGCGAGGAUGGAGAGGUUGGUGGACCUGGCCUUCGCUGCCGUGGGCGCCGCGGCGUUCCUGGCGCUCUUCGUCUUCGUCGUCGUGAGUUUGAUUGUGGAAUCAUGCCACCGAGAAGACAGCAAGACAUCAACAACACUUUUGACCGUGAUAAGGAGUAAUGAUGUCGAGAGAUGGUUAACAGUCGAUUUCUCCUGUCUGUGGAUCGGUUAAUAGAAAGGAUCACAACGAUGCUGGAAACCUUGAAUAAAGGAAGUCAUGUCCAAUACAAUAACAAUUGCCGGAUAAACGCGGAAGAGGAAGAUGAUAUUUUUAAUGAGGAGAAAAGAGUUUUUAUUUAUAAGGAAGAUGAUAACAAGACUGGAAUAUCCAGUGAUUCAAUUUAUGACGAUAACGAGGUAGGUGAAGCUGUCAAUGAAGUUGGUAUGGAUCUUCAAAUUGAGGAAGAAGCAACAAAAAAUCUGUCAUUUG